GUGAGAAAGAAACCUAAAGCCAAACUGAAAGUCAAACUAGGUUGUAAGUGGAGAGAUUGUGAAAGUUGUGCUCACUUUUAAUAAUAUAAUAACAGAGUUUUUCACUUUCAGCUUCUCCACCAAUCCACCAAAUUAUUUCCUCCCUUUUCCCCUUCGUCUAGGGUUCCAAUUUCUGAAGAAAAUCAACUGAUCCAAAGCCAAACAACAAGCACCAGCACAAGUCAAUCUAGACCAACCAAUAUGGAUCAGCAAGGGCAUGGGCAGACCUCUGCAACGGGCAUAGUUGGUAGUUCAGCAGCGGUUCCGUAUGGUAUAACAAGUUAUCAACCUAAUCAAAUGAUGGGAACCUCGGCUCCCGGACCGGGUGGUUCAAUCCAAUACCCUACUCAGCCUGCAGGCAACUCUGCACCGUCAACUCAGCUGGCACAACACCAACUUGCUUAUCAGCACAUACACCAACAACAGCAGCUGCAAUUGCAGCAACACCUCCAGCGCUUUUGGUCAAACCAGUAUCAAGAAAUCGAGCAGGCUACUGAUUUUAGAAACCAUAGCCUACCAUUGGCCAGGAUCAAGAAGAUUAUGAAGGCAGAUGAGGAUGUUAGGAUGAUAUCCGCUGAAGCUCCGGUAGUAUUUGCUAGGGCCUGUGAAAUGUUCAUUCUAGAGUUGACACUGAGGUCAUGGAAUCACACCGAGGAAAAUAAGAGGAGGACCCUUCAGAAAAACGACAUCGGAGCAGCAAUUACAAGGACCGAUAUAUUUGAUUUUCUGGUCGAUAUCAUCCCAAGAGAGGAUAUAAAAGAGGAGGUUCUUGCAUCUGUUCCAAGAGUUGAAGGUCCAGUCGAUGGUCUUCCUUACUAUUACAUGCCACCUCAACUUGCUCCCCAGGCUGGUGCUCCGGGUAUGACUGUUGGUAAGCCACUGAUGGACCAUGCCUUCUAUGGCCAAAACCCUCCCCCUUAUGCUGGUCAGCCGGUAUGGCCGCCACAACAGCAGCAACCACCUUCGGAUUCGUAAAUGUAAACGCAAGAUCUACUUAAGAGCUUCAAGGACUGCAAGUGAAUUGAUCAUCAUACCCAUAGUAUUAUUAGUAUGUGAUUGAAUUCUACGACAUAUUAGUGCAUUGCUAUGCUAUAUUGCAUUACAAUUUAGUUACUCCCUAUAUAUAUUGUGUAAUAUUUCAAAGA